AUGACCUCAAAUAACUACAGGUCCAUCCGAGCCAAACAAACCCCAAAUACAAUCACAGUGUACCAAGCAUAUUCCCCGGAGAUAGCCGGGCCAGCAAUCAAAGCCCAAACAUUCGUCCCUCCAUUUUCACGGGAGAGAAUGACCUGGAUUAAACCCUCCUUCCUAUGGAUGGCGUACCGUUCAGGCUGGGCAACAAAGGUCCGACAGGAGCGUGUCCUGGCGAUAGAGAUUACCCGCGAGGGAUUCGAAUGGGCGUUGCACCAUUCCUGCUUGAGUCACUAUACGCCUGGGGAGGAGACUAGUCAGGAGGAGUGGCAGAAGAAACUGCGUGCCAGUCCAGUCCGCGUCCAGUGGGAUCCCGAGCGAAAUAUUUCAAUGCAGUCUUUGGAUUAUCGGAGUAUUCAGAUUGGGUUGAGUGGGGAGGCUGUUGGGAGAUAUAUUGAUGAGUGGAUUGUUUCCAUUACUGAUGUGACUGCUACUAUGAGGCAGAUUGAUGGGUAUCUUAAGGAUGGGAAUGUUGAUGCUGCUAGGUAUUGUGUACCUGAAGAGACUCCGUGUGAUUUGCCUGAAGAUUUACGGAAGCAUCUUAGAAUGAGAUAA